UCUGACCUCGUUCCUUUUUUGCAGGGGAGGGAGAAGGGAAAGGAGGGUAAAGAAUGUACCUGUUUAGGGUAGUUCACGAUUCCCUCCCAACUAUUCUCCCCUGGGGUGGAGACACGGAGGGUAAUCGCGACCGUGGGGCCGGUCGGAGAUGGCAGUCUUCAGGGACCGACCACGCCUCGACCAAUGCCCAGACUUUGGACAUUUUAAGCGAGGAGAGAGAUGAGCCCUGCCGCCAGCCCUAACAGAGCAUGAAGGCUUUGUUAUUGACUCAGCUCCCCCGUCUGGUCUUUCCUUACCUUCCAACCUUCAGAUUUCUUGCUACCCCGGAGCUCCCGCCAUGCCUCACAUAGACAACGACGUCAAACUGGACUUCAAGGAUGUCUUGUUGAGGCCCAAACGCAGUACCCUUAAGUCUCGAAGUGAGGUGGAUCUCACAAGAUCAUUUUCAUUUCGCAACUCAAAGCAGAUGUACACUGGGAUCCCCAUCAUUGCUGCCAACAUGGAUACUGUGGGCACCUUUGAAAUGGCCAAGGUCCUUAGUAAGUUCUCCCUCUUCACUGCUGUCCACAAACAUUACAGCCUGGAGCAGUGGAAAGAGUUUGCCAGCCAGAAUCCCGACUGUCUUGAGCAUCUGGCUGCCAGCUCAGGCACAGGCUCUUCUGACUUUGAGCAGCUAGAACAGAUCCUGGAAGCUAUUCCCCAGAUGAAAUAUAUAUGUCUGGACGUGGCAAAUGGCUACUCUGAACACUUUGUUGAAUUUGUAAAGGAUGUACGGAAACGUUUCCCUGGACACACCAUCAUGGCAGGGAAUGUGGUAACAGGAGAGAUGGUAGAAGAGCUGAUCCUCUCUGGUGCCGACAUCAUCAAAGUGGGAAUCGGACCAGGCUCUGUGUGUACCACCCGGAAGAAAACUGGAGUCGGGUAUCCACAGCUUAGUGCAGUGAUGGAGUGUGCAGAUGCUGCUCAUGGCCUCAAAGGCCACAUCAUUUCAGAUGGAGGCUGCAGCUCUCCUGGGGAUGUGGCCAAGGCUUUCGGGGCAGGGGCUGACUUUGUGAUGCUGGGUGGCAUGCUGGCUGGGCACAGCGAGUCAGGUGGUGAGCUCGUCGAGAGGAAUGGCAAAAAAUACAAGCUCUUCUACGGAAUGAGUUCUGACACAGCCAUGAAGAAGUAUGCGGGGGGCGUUGCUGAGUACAGGGCCUCGGAGGGAAAGACGGUGGAGGUGCCCUUCAAAGGGGAUGUGGAACAAACCAUCCGAGACAUACUUGGAGGCAUCCGCUCCACGUGUACCUACGUAGGAGCAGCUAAGCUGAAGGAGCUGAGUCGGAGAACUACCUUCAUCCGCGUCACCCAGCAGGUGAAUCCAGCCUUCAGUGACUUGAGCCAGAUCUGAGCAGCUUUGCCCUCCUAAGGCACCGGCAUCAAACCACAGGGCCUCGCAAGUGGCCCCUCACCCAUCCCAGUGCUGUGAGUGUUAUUUGACCAUCUCACUCCUGAGAGUUCCUGCAAUAAUGCUGUACUUCUCUAUCUGCAUCCACAACACACUCACUAGGAAGCAAGGCAGGCAGGCUGAGAAAAUGAAGUUGAUAAUCAAAUGGCAAUCUGGAGACUUAGCUUCUGAAGAUUACUAUAAGAAAAAGAUACUGAUUCAUACAGGACAUAAGCGUUUUAGAUAUGGCCCUGGUCUUAAGAGGAAGGCUUUUAGAAUCAUGUUGUGAUCAUCAUGCUUCAUUAAAUGCAAUCUUUGAACAUCUAAAAA